GUCUGUCCGUCUGUCUCACGAUAAUAAUCGCAGGUGGAAAGGCUGCAGGCAGGUGUCGUGUCGGGGCUGAACAGGCGUCGCUCUCGCUCACGUUCAUGAUACCAGAAUAAUUUUUGGGAUCCGGGUGUGCUUCUGUUUUGUGUUUGUGUUUUGUAUGUUCUCCCCUCCCCGCGGUGAUCCACGAUGCGGUCCUCGGCUCGGCUGGUCGCCCGAUGCGCUCUGUUAGUCUGCACGCUCCUGCCGAUUGACUGGGCUAAAGGACAGCAGCAGUGCAGUGAGACGGAGUACUACUAUGAGUACACGGAGUGCGACAGUACGGGAUCUCGCUGGAGAGUGGCCAUCCCGCAGAUUCCCGGGGCCUGUUCUGGACUGCCGGAACCCGUGCGCGGCACAGAGUGCACCUUCUCCUGCAAAGCCGGGGAGUUCCUGGAGAUGUCGGCUCAAGAGUGCAAUCAGUGUGCAGCGGGAAGCUACUCCCUCGGGAGCGGUAUCCGCUUCGACCAAUGGGAUUCCAUGCCAGCUGGAUUCAGUAGCCUGGCAACCUCCCUGGAAAAUGGUCCUGGCAGAGAAGACAGACUCUUUUGCAACAGUUCUUCUUGGGUGCCUCAGGGAAACUACCUGGAGUCCAACAGGGAUGAGUGUACAGUCUCUCUCAUCUAUGCUGUUCAUCUGAAGAAACAGGGUUCUGUCAGCUUUGAGUACCAGUAUCCAGACAGCAGCCUGCUUUUUGAGUUCUUUAUCCAGAACGACCAGUGUCAGGAGAUGGAUCAGUCGGCUGACACCAAGUGGCUGAAGCUCACCAAUCAUGGCGAGUGGGCAACUCACACGGUGAAUUUGAAAUCUGGUACCAACAUUUUGUACUGGAGGACGGGAGGUGUUUUGAUGGGGACCAAAGUGGUGAAACCUGUUCUGCUGAAGAAUAUUCAAAUUCAAGGUGUUGCCUAUACAUCUGAAUGCUUUCCGUGUAAGCCGGGGAUGUUCAGUCGAGCUCCAGGAUCCUCCACAUGUGAACCCUGCCCCCGGGACACUUAUUCUGGCCACGGGGCCAGCUCCUGCACGCCCUGCAACACCACAACUCAGUAUGCAGUUGAGGGCUCAGCGGUGUGCAAGGAUAGACCUCCGUGCUCCAAGAAGGACUAUUUCCAGAUCCACACAGCAUGUGACCAUGAAGGCAAGACGCAGAUCAUUUACAAGUGGAUUGAACCCAAGAUCUGUCUGGAGGGUGUGCCUGGAGCCCAGAUGUUGCCUCCAAGCGGUGAACGGGAGCCGUGUCCGCCGUGUAACCCCGGUUUCUAUAACAAUGACACGGCCACCUGCUCUCCCUGUCCAGCUGGGACCUACUCCGAUGGGACGAAACCAUGUGAGCAGUGUCCAGCAGGUACGGAGCCCAGCUUGGGUUACGAGUAUAAAUGGUGGAAUGUCCUUCCAUCCAACAUGAAGACCUCCUGUUUCAACGUAGGCAACUCCAAAUGUGACAGUAUGAAUGGUUGGGAGGUAGCGGGUGAUCAUAUUCAGAGCGGAGCAGGAAGCUCAGAUAAUGAUUACCUCAUCCUCAACAUCCACGUCCCUGGCUUCAAACUGCCGACAUCAGUGUCGAGCCACUCGGCGACAGAAUUUGGGCGAAUCACAUUUGAAUUUGAAACAGUGUGCAUCGGCGACUGCGAGCUCUACUUCAUGAUGGAUAUCAACAGGAAGAGUACUACAGUGGUGGAAUCAUGGGAAAAAACUAAACAAAGACAAACCUAUACACACAUAAUGACCAAAAAUGCUUCUGUGUCCUACACGUGGGCUUUCCAGAGGACUAACCAGCCUUCGGACGUACGCCGAUACAUAAACGACGUGGCGCGAAUCUUCUCCAUCACAGUUAGUAACGCGGUGGAUGGAGUGUCGUCGAGCUGCAGGGUGUGUGCCCUCAGCGCCCAGCCCUCCAGCUCAGCGUGCGUGCCUUGCUCACCUGGACAUUAUAUUGACACGCUCAACAGCCAGUGCAUAGAGUGUCCACCUAACACAUAUCUCGCCCCACACACUACGCUGGGUUUGGAUGCCUGCAAAGCCUGUGGACCGUCCAGCAGGAGUGACAAGGAUCACAGGUUAUGUUACAGCGACUGUCGCUUCACUCACACGGAGGGCAAUACCACCCUGACGUUUGACUUCAGCCGUCUCGGCUCUGCGGGGACGCUGAUGAACGGUCCGAGCUUCACCUCCAAAGGAACCAAGUAUUUCCGUCUGUUCAAUAUCAGCUUGUGUGGAGGACAGAGUCACUUGGCAGUAUGCAGCGAUAAUGUUACAGACCUGUCAGUAUCUGACUCCCAGAGAGAGAAAGGUGAAGGGCCCAGUGCUGUCAAAGCCUUCAUCUGCCAGUCAACAAUAAUUCCAGCUGGUGGACGAGGCUUCCACACGGCACUCUCCUCACAGUCCAUUAACCUGGCUGACACAUUCCUAGGUGCCACAAUAGAUGAUAAUUUUGAAGGCAUAAGGGUGAAACCAGAGCUCUAUCCCCAAAGAUCCUCUAAGAAAGUCCCUGAUGUCAACUUCUACUACAGAUCCUUUGAGGCGACCUCGUCCUGUGAGUCAGGUCGGAGCGCAGUCGUGACACUUCGAUGUAAUCCAGAGAAAAGCGGUAAAGGAGAGCUUUCAGUUCCCAGUCUCUGUCCUGCAGGAACAUGCGAUGGGUGCACCUUUCAUUUCUUAUGGGAGAGCUCAGGUGCUUGUCCUACAUGCACAGAGAGAGACUACCAUCGGAUAGAGGAAGCCUGCAAAGGUCGACAGCAGGAUGUGCUGUAUGUGUGGACUGAACCAAAACUAUGCAUUGGAGGCGUGAGCUUGCCUGAAAAGAAAACAUUGCCAUGUGAGGGUGUGGAGUUCUGGGUUCGUCUCGGUGCAGGGAUGGGAACUUUCACGGCGGUGCUGCUUGCCUCGCUCACCUGUUACUUUUGGAAGAAAAACAAACGGCUGGAGUACAAGUACUCCCGGUUAGUCAUGUCUGCUAAUAAGGAGUGUGAAAUGCCAGUGGCCGACAGCUGUGCUGUGAUGGAGGGAGAGAAUGAUGGAGACAUGGAGGAUGAAGUAAUGUACACAAAACCUUCUAUACUUGGCAAACUCAAAGCCAUGGCAUCCAAGGGAAAUGGUGAAAACUAUGAAAAUGUGCAGCUGAACUCGUCCCAGUCCAAAGCCUUGGUGUGGAGCUAGAGCUGUGGCAGAGUGAGCCAGAGGGAUGGGAGAUAUCAGAACCCCGAGACACUUUCCAAUGAGUGGCCCCUUUAAGUAACCGUCCCUGUUAUUGGCUGUGCUACCUGGAUUACCACCAGUGUGUAUGAACACAAAUAGAAACACACAUCAUGCACUGAGCACCAGGUAUAGAGAAGUCACACUGACACGGUGGCCUUAAAGCUUGGGACGACAGAGCCAUAGUACUGUAAAGCAGGUGUGUGUGUGUGAGAGUGUGUGUGUGUGUGUGUGUGUGUGUGUGUAAGUAUGUAUGUAUGUGUGCGCGCGCCACCAACACUUUCUGAUCUUUUUUUUUUUUUACUUAAAACUGAUGUCAGAAACGUCGUUAGAAGAGCUCAGGGUAAGACAAGGACCGAUUUGAGUUCUUGUGUGCUUUAUUUUUGUUUUUAUUUAUUUCAUUUUGUGUAAUUUGUGAUAUUUCUUUGAAAAUCGUGGUGUGUCACGCCAUCAGGAUCACCUCGGUCCACUGAGUUUUCAUCUUCUGUAGAUGCAUAAACAGAUUUAUUUUGUUUCUCUAUUUGACAACCGUUUCCUGUCAUUCAUUUGUUUUCGGCUGUGUUGAUGUUAUUGUAGUGAGGCGAGCUGCUCAAGGAUGGAAAAAGAACAUGCCAUAUUAAGCUGUUGUGAUUUUGACUGUCCGUGUGCAUCGAAUAAAUGAUGAUGUAUUUAUGUAUAUUUGGACUCGGUGUGAUUAAAAUGGU